AUGACAAUUGGAGAAGACUACUGUCUCACCAACUGGCAUCGUGUACACAGGAGACAGCAUACGGGGGAACGACCCUACAACUGUGCGGAGUGUAGAAGAGGGUUCACCAACUGGGCUAACUACAACAAGCAUGUAAAGCGACGGCACAGCGGGGGCGGACUGUCACCCCCCACCCCUACACUGCCACCGCCAUCUGAACCAGAGUACAAAGUGGAGGAAGAGGAGGUUUACAGAGUGCCGAACUACAUUCCCACCAUGGGCUACUACAUGCCUCCAAUGCAGCAUACGAUACUGCAGACGAGAACGCAGUAGCUUCGGACUGAGAAGACACUCUUAAUAUAGCAAUAGCUUGGAGCUGUGAUAGUAUUAAUUGGUUGUGGAUACUGAAGUAGACAUAUCGCUCUGCCCAGUUGUGUCUAUAAAGAAAUUCACGUGAAAUGUAGGUGGCCUCUUUAACCUUGUUUUUGCCCGCCCUUAUAGGCCUGGGGCCUGUGCACAGAACAUAUCCAGCGAGGGUUGAACUGAACUGAAAAAUUAAGUGACGGGCACCAAGAUCCUAAGACAUUGCUGUCACGGAUUCGUAUCUAGCCCGUCACGUUACUGACUCAGUCGCUGACUCACUUUUAGAAUGCUCAAAGAUAGCAUGACUCAGUUAACAUGCGCCCCUUCCCUGUUGGCUGUCCUUUACAAUUUAGCUGAUGUUCCUAAUUCAGAAGCCAGGAAGUUUUUUUUUUGUUUUUUUUUACAAUAUUGCUUAAGCGAUUUAAAAUAGAGCAUUGUCCUA